AGGACCUCGCAAAAGAGCAGCGGAAUUCAAAUUUUCAAAACAAACCCGAGAUUGUUGUUUUAUCAUGCAAGUGUUUACUUCGAGCUGCCAAGCUGUUACAGACACCACCUGAAUCCUAAUUUUGAAACGAGUUAAAUAAUGGACGCAGAAGAAAAGCACGACUCCAGCACACACGAGAAAACGUCGGAAACUCCUAAACCGCCCUCAAUCGAGGAUUUCGUCGUUUUGAAGCCCAUCAGCCGCGGUGCCUUUGGCAAAGUCUACCUUGCACGGAAGAAGUGCAAUGCGCGAUUAUACGCCAUUAAAGUGAUGAAGAAAGCCGACAUGGUUGAUAAAAAUAUGACGGGGCAAAUGAAGGCAGAAAGAGACGCGCUCGCUCUGAGCAAAAGUCCCUUCGUGGUUCACCUGUUUUACUCCCUUCAGACAGCGACCAAGAUCUACCUGGUAAUGGAAUACCUCAUUGGAGGAGAUGUCAAAUCUCUGCUUCACAUCUAUGGAUAUUUCGACCAGGAUAUGGCUGUUAAAUACAUUUCAGAGGUAGCUCUGGCUUUAGACUACCUUCACCGUCAUGGUAUAAUCCACAGGGACUUGAAACCAGACAACAUGCUGAUAUCUGAUGAAGGUCACAUCAAGCUAACAGACUUUGGCCUUUCCAAAGUCAAGCUUGACAGAGAGCUGAGUCUUAUGGAUAUCCUAAACACUCCAUCCUUGGCUAAACCAAAAAAAGAUUAUUUCCGCACGCCGGGUCAAGUCCUCUCCUUAAUCAGCUCCCUUGGAUUUAAUACACCUACAGGAGAAGGCAAGCGUCACUGCAGUGCAUCUGCUGUGUCCAGCCCCAUGUCCUGUGGCAAAAUAAAACCGAAGAAUAACUCUCUUGGUUCUCCCCUGAUGAAGAUAAAAGAUCACCUGUCUUCUCCGGCUCACUACCCUUGGAAACUGGGACCCAGCAACAGUGUGUUUAGUCCUCACAACCUGGCUAAAAACUUGACUCCCACACUGCUGAAGACCAGGAAGAGGUUUGAGACGAUGAGUGCAGGCAGCACCACAGACACUGAGGGUGGUAUCAGUCCACUGUGGGAGUGUGAAGAGAAAGAAAAUGAACAUAGGGUGAAAGGGCACUCUGAAUAUAAAGGGCCUGAACAGGAUUUUGUGCCCACAAAACUGGACACCUUCGGCCUCUCCACUGAGGCCAGCAGCAAUCUGGCCAAAACGUCAAAUCCAGACCAACUUACAGAAAAAAGGCCUCAUACCAACAAAUUGGAGCCUGUUCCCACAGCUCAGAGGGAUAUUUGUCUGCCAGUGACAGGUCACAGUCAAACUGCUAUCAUCUCAUCUGUGAAGAGAACAUUUUCAGAUGUAGAGAGAAGUCCAGAGCCAUUAGAGAUCCAAGCCAAGAAGAGUAACGCAGACUACAGGAGAUGCUAUGAGAUUCCAGAGGAGACUGCAAGGUUUCACACUGGUCUAACUGGAACAUUCUCCACCAUCCAAAUAGGUGACUUUUUGGCCUCCACUGAGGGGAAUGGGUUAACUGGAGACAGAGUCCCAAAGCGCUCUAGCCCCAUUGCUGUGGCCAAAACUCUGUUUUGCGAACUGGAGGAGCCAGCAGAGGACACGUUUGAAGAUGGAGCCAAAGACUUGUCGCAUUCAAGUUUCACAUCACCACUUGCUGGGAACAGUGACAUCUGCAGGAGCUUGAGCCUGGACUCCGAUGGGUCUAUGCACGAAACGUCUCUCACUAUAGAGAGCAGUUCAUCUCUCAAACCAAGCAGGUGUUCCAGAAAUAGGAACUCAGCAUCAUCUGAGGAGCAAGAGGAAAAUAAAGACUCAUUCAUCACUGAAUCACUACCACAAACUCCUUCUGCUGUUUCUACUGAAACUCCCAAACUUGGUAAUUUUGGCCGGAGAGGUGAAUCUCAGUGUUCCUUUCUCAGCCGACUCCCUGAUCUGGCCUGCGGUGUGGCGCAGUCCCCUUCAUUCCUCAAGCCCCGGAACGUUGUAGCUUUCCGUAGCUAUUGUAGUUCCAUUAACCGCUCCAACAUGUCUCGACUUAGCAUUGGGUCUGUGGAGGCUAUGGACAUGUCCACAACAACAUCUUAUCACUCUGCAUCUGGCACUGCAACACCAGUGCAGAAGAGAUCCAGCUCCAACAGCUCUGUCUAUCAGACUCCUCAGCCCAUGUCGACCUCCCACACCCCUUUCAGGACUCCAAAGAGUGUCCGGAGGGGGGCGUUGCCUGUUGAGGGUGCACCCAUUUUGGGAACCCCUGACUAUUUGGCUCCAGAGCUUCUUUUGGGUAAACCACAUGUUUCAGGAAGUGGUCAGUGUGACUGCAUGGUGGAUUGGUGGGCGCUAGGAGUGUGUCUUUUCGAGUUCCUCACAGGUGUACCGCCUUUUAAUGAUGAGACACCUCAGCUGGUCUUCCAGAACAUUCUCAACAGAGAUAUCCCGUGGCCUGAGGGAGAGGAGGAGCUGUCUGAAAAUUCAAGAAAUGCCAUUGAAAUACUGCUAACAAUGGACACGACAAAGCGGGCUGGUCUCAAAGAACUCAAGUGCCACCCCCUGUUUGAGGGCUUGGACUGGGACAACCUGCAGAACCAGCCAAUGCCUUUCAUACCUCAGCCGGAGGACGAGACUGACACCUCGUACUUUGAGGCAAGAAACAAUGCUCAGCACAUUGCCGUGUCUGGCUUCAGUUUAUAGAGUUACAAACAUAGCUGAAAUUUUAUAAAAGCAGCAGUCAACAAAUUUUAGCUGUUGAUGAGGUGAGAACAUGUGGGUAUGGGUUAUUGAAUUGCUGUCACUGUGAAAAACUGCAAAAUCACCCAUUAUAUGAAUAAAUAUAAAAUAAUGAUGUGGAUUCUGAUCAAGGCUGUAAUAUUUUUAAUUAUUUUAAGUAUGUGCAAUCACUGGUCAGAAGAGUCAGGAAAAAGCUGAAUCUGUUGACUGCUCAGUAGGUUACGAAUAUACAUAGUAGAAAGUAGAAUUUCUUUCAUAUACAGUAGUUAUAGCUCUUAUAUUAGGCUCUUCAGUUAGCAAAACACUACUUGCUCCUGCUUAGGCUUAUAAUAGGCCUUGAUUUCUGUAUUGUUAUGGUGUUAUAUUGAUUAAACACAAAAUAACUUGGUAUUUAAGUUCAUUCAAGUGUAACACUUCCUGCCUGAUGAUAACUUUCCAUGCAGAUAACACUUUUGCUGCUCUGUUCAUCUUUGUAAUGUUCCCCUGCUGUUUGUUGACUGGGUGGGCGGGCCUCCUGAAUAUCAUUGAGGGGUACAAUACUGCUAAAGAAAAACAUCCUAAUAUAUUCAUGAAUAAUGUAUUUUAUUUUGUAAAUCUUGUGAAUAACGUUUAGUGUCGUUUUAAGACGAGUGUGUACUUUGUAACUGUUUUGCUGCUUUUAUGUCACUAAUUUCUGGCGAUGGGAUGGAAAAGUUCCUUUAAAUUAUUAUAAUGAGAGACUUUCUACAAUGAUGACUGAGUAUCUCAAAAUAAUGAGAAACUUUCCUGAUAUGAAGUCAUUAUUUUGAUAGAAGUUUCUCGUUAUGAUAAAGUUACAGAAUAUUUUUUUCAUCACAUUGGCUGAAAUGGGCCUCAAUAGAAUAUCAUUGUCCACUGUCCAUUUUCCACACUACUAGUUUUUUUUUUUAAGAAGUUCACCAGGCUCCUUGCUACUUCUGAAAUUUUAUCUUGUUCAGUCUAAGAAAAAAGGCAAAACACAAAUAAAAUCUGUUUGUAACAUAA